AUUUAUAUCGAAAGAUAUGGGGAUCGACUUGCGCUCAGAGCAUUUUGCCGUCAAAGAACUGUGACAAACGAAGAGUCGGGUGGAGCCGAGACAGUGAAGUCCUCCCUCAUGCAGAAAUUAAGAGACAGGUUAAGAACUCCUAAUACUGUACAAGGCACCGCUACUGGCCAAAAAAAUGCAGCCAAAAUCACCCGGCGGGUUGAAAUGGGAUGGCUCCACUUUGAGAGUGGAAUGUAUCACCAGGUUAGAACGAGAAAAGGAGGAGGAACACGGAAUCUGUCGGUCCAGAAAUCAGUGACUAUGGGUGAACUGUUGGAGACAGGCAAAUGCUUGUUUUUUGCAAAUGGGCAUUCAUCAAAAGGACUGAUAGAAGACUUCGAGUUUGACAUUUGUGAUUACAGUCCCAGUCCUGUGCCCCGUGAAGUCACGGUGGGCCAGCUGUACGAACAGACUAAACUAAAAAUGCUACGCGUCUACACAGCCACCAAGUCUAACAACAUUCUACUUCUCUCUGAUGAAUCAUCGGACAUGGAGCCAACACAGAAAACGCCGCUGAAGGCUAGGUCUAGGACAAUGAAGACACGAUCCUUGAGGAACAAGACCAGGAGACUCAAUGAAGUGGAUCAUCCAGAGAGCUCCUCUGAUUUAGAUCUAUCUCCAAGUGGCUCAAUGCAGCAAAACCAUGAACAAAGAAGAGAGACAAUCAGCCAGUCAAGAUCAGCAACUCCUGAGAUGGGUAACACAGAGCUCCUGCAUACACAACCUACUGAGGAUGUUGGCAGUCAUACUCAGCAGUCAACAAGAAGGCAUGGAUCUGAAGAUGACUGUUUAACGCCUGUGCCAAGUCAAGAUGCAGACCAGUUGUUAAGUGAUGUCUCAGAUUCCCCUCUUAAUCCUUCCAUUCAACAAUCUCUUGAGGACUCUGAAGUGAAGUUUGGACCCAUUGUUGGGUCCUAUUUGCACCUCAGUUUUGCUGCAAAAUGUUCUUAA